GAGAUCAACGUCCCCUUCCUUUCCUCUUGAGUCUCUUCGCUCCCCAAACACUGCUAUAAGCUAGAGGGAGAGAGAAGACAGAGGUGUUCGUCCUCGUCGCUAUAAGUACACAGACGUAACACAUGGCUUCUUCUCGUUCUUGGGUGGGUCUCGCUUUGGUGGCCUUCGUGGCUAUCUUUCUCGGCAUCCUCCUCCCCGCCGCACAAGCCCAGGCUCCAGCUCCGGCUCCGGCUCCGGCCCCCACGAGCGAUGGAACGUCGAUCGACCAAGGCGUUGCCUACGCGCUGAUGAUGGUGGCGUUGGCCGUCACCUACCUGAUUCAUGCUGCGGAUGCAUCCUCCACAUGGGGGCUCUUCUAAGAUCUCCAUGGAGUGGAUGAGGGCGUAGUGAGGCUUGAUGGAUCUUGCUUGUCUAAAAUUGUAUUGUGGUGCAGAGUGUAGUUGGAUCGGUAUUCGCUGGUCGUAGAUUUGAAGGAUUCUUUGCCGCUGCUUUGUCGUAAUUCCUUCUCUGUGCUUUAGUAUAUUCUUAUCGCCUCGAUGCUUGUUCUUGAGAA